CUUCGGCGCUAAUAUCGGAGACGUCACCUUUCGGUCUCAGCCCUUCUUCUGGAAACCGGAAAAACAAGCUCCUUCACAAAAUCACAAACAACUACGGUGAAACUGGUUUUUCGUGGAGCCGUUGAUCAACCACCGCUUUUCCUCCAUUCAUUCCUCCUCUACCACAACCUCACCGCCUUUUACCUCUUUUUCCCCAACUUAUUUCCUUCUUUGUCCUUCCAGUAAAAUCAAUAAAUCCUCUCAUCCUCCUCUCUCCCUUUUUGCCCCUGUUGAUUCACACAACAGCCUCUCCACUCUCCAGGCUGCUCCCCCUUCUCCGGUCGACAGGGGCUGCUGAUGACUUUCCGACGAUGAUUCCCUAAAGAAGAAACAUCUUGGGUAUCUCAGAAACAAAAGUACUCCCGUCGAUCUGGACAGGUGAAAGCAAUGGAGGUGCAGCGGAUGAGGCAGUUGAUGCUCCUCUGGUCAGGAGUGCAAAGUAUCCGUGUGGCCCUCGUGGGUGGAAACCACACCGCUGCCCGGUUUUGCACUCGCUAAGCCCCCCUUCCCUCUCCUCUCGCCUGUGUUUUUCUCUGUCUCUGUCUCUGUUUAUCUGAGACUAGCCUAACCAACCUAGUUAACAGUAACACAACCAGCUCUCAUUCCUAUCAGAGCCAAGAGCCAAGCGGCCAUCCAAGAUCUCUGAAAGGAAAUGGAAUUCGGUCGUGGAUUUCCGGUCAAUAACCAGACAAAGAUCAAACACCUUCACGGGGAAGGUGAGAUCAGUCUGAAUCCCGAUAACCAGCUCACAAUUAUGCUUCCUGACUCCAGGGUUCUUAGGGUUAUCGCGCGAUCCGUGCUUUUAGCCUUGAUCAUUGCGACAUUUCCAUGGAUCGGACCAUACUUCAUUGAUGGACUUCCCCAAUUGAAUUCUAACCUCAAUGGUUCUCAGGCCGAUUUCGGACCUGAACCCAUUAAUGUUGAGUUCUUGCCUGAACUUUUUCAAGACUUAGCCAACGAGGGUCUCCUUAAUUCUGGCGGCAAGACCCUCCUUGUAAGCCAGGGCGGUGGCGAGGAGGUGAUCACUCAGAGUCCCCUGUUCACUGAUGAUAAUUUUGUGGAUCUCAUCUCUGAGUUCGACACCGAACGCCAGAGUUUAGUCCCAGAUGAUACAUUUGAUUUUGCGUUCGCGCCCGGCUUUGGCUCCGGUGAAUUCAUCGACCGCACUCUGAAGAUUGGCGGUAUUGCAGCUGUCCAGUUGAGCGACAACCCUCGGUAUCCUUUCCGCAAGCCCUCUAAUUACAAAAUUGUCUAUAUCCGGAGAUUUGCAUCUACAAUUGUGGCAAUGAAGAAAACUGGCCCCGCCGAGAUACUAUCAGGGACUUCGCCGAUUAAGAGACGCCUCAGUGCAUUCGCUUCAGAAGCCAAGCAGGCGGCACUGAACAGACUGGAGGACGCGCUCCUUGAACCACCACGAGCAUCUAAGGUGGAGUUGGGCAACUACUUAAAGACCACCAGAUACCUCCCGGACUUGAUGGAGGAUUCACUGGAAGGGUACCCGCGACACGUCUUCAUCGACGUUGACUUGCAGGUGAAAAGCAACGCCAGUCCUGGUUGGUUUGAGCAGAAUUACCCAACAAGAAAUAAGGAUUUCGAAGUGUACAAGAUAGACAUGGUGACCACCGAUGAAUUGUCACCGGACAAGGGAGUGCCCCAGAUGGAGAUGUCGGAUUGGUUGUGGAAGAAUGUGAAGGAAGAAGAGUAUGUUGUGAUGAAGGCAGAAGCAGAAGUGGUUGAAGAGAUGAUGAAGAGCAAUGCCAUCAGCUUGGUGGACGAACUGUUUUUGGAAUGCAAACACCAAGGUCUAUGUGGGAGGAAGAGCAAGAAUAGGAGGCCCUAUUGGGAAUGCUUAGCUCUCUACGGAAGGCUGAGGGAUGAAGGAGUUGCUGUGCAUCAAUGGUGGGGGUGACUGAAAAGAGAGUUCAAUUUCUUGUGCCAGAGCUUGAAACUAUUUUCUGGUUUUUCUUGUUUUUUUUCUGUUGUUUGUGACUCUCUGUGUGUGUGCUUCAGUGUCUGUGUUUGUUUGUGUUAGUGUAAUACAGAACUUUUCUUCAGUGUAUACGAGCGAGAGUGUGAGUUGGAAGAAGAGUCUUCUCUGAUGUUGUUAGGUUUUCUUUUGUAUUUCAAGUUUGACAUGGAGGCUACUAAUCUAGUUGUUUCUCAUCAGUUUCUUGGGAUAA